UCAUCAAUCGAACUUGUCGACUGCUUUUGUUUUCUCUGAAUCGUGUGCUACGUUUGUUUACUGCAAUUCUCUGUUUUAAUCGAGUUAAAAUUAUUGAACGUGUUCAGUAUGUAACAAUUUUUAAAAUGCGGAAAUAUCGUCAAGUGAAAUGGAAAAGUUUACCAAAAUCCCUUAGUCUCACUUUCUUGUUUGGGAGUGGUGCCGUAUUAGCCUAUGAAAUACAUUGCUUAAAUCGCCGCUUCUCGUCUCUACUGUCGGAUUCAGCACUUGAAAAAGAACGACAAAAAGGAGAUUGUUAUAUCACCAUUUCCCAACCCAGUGCAGAGGCUGAAAUUAAUGGUGUGAUCUCAAAAUUUAUUGGUGUUGAAAAGUUGAUGGAGACUCUGAUGAAAGGACCUGCAUCUCUUGGUCUUGAUACUAAUCCUUGGCACCUUUUACGCAUUCUUAACUCAAAACUUCCACCUCAUGUUCAAGAACACUCUAAAGCUUUGAAAACUUUAGCUACUACAAAUUAUAAUGCUGGAUUAUCACAGCAAAUAGCUCAAGCCUGUGGCUUCAAAUUGAGUGUCAAAUUAGCCCGCACUAAAAAUGUAAACCUAAACUUGUUUUUACGACCUCCAGCUUACCUACUUUUGACCUCUGAGCCAAUUGAAGAUGCACUGAACAACAUUCUUAAGAAAAUACCGGUAAUUCAUCAACAGACUUGUGCUACAUAUUUUUUGAGAAUUGCCCAACAAAUUACUGGCAAACAUAAAGAUGAUGAAUAUUAUCUUAGAUGGGAUCCUGAUAUAGCUGGAACCAUUCAUCCUAGAAGCAUCAUUCAGAUUGUAGAAUUGUAUCUGCAAGCUUUGUUACAGUUAUCAGCCACAUCAGAGUGUUCACAUUUAAUGGUGCAGAAUGGUCUUCUUCUCACUUUAUGGCGCAUUGUACAUGCGUUCGACAAAGAAGUAGUUCUCACAACAUUGUGUACCAAUAUAGUGGCAAAUAUCUCAUUAUUUCCACAGUUUCACCAUCAAAUUUUUCAAUCGGGUUGGAUAGGACUAUUGGCUGAAUUUUUUGGUUCUCAGUAUGCUUCCCUAAAUUUAGCAGCUGGAAAGGCUUUAGUGAAUAUGGACCAGGAUCACCGCAAAUAUGGAGUAUAUGACAGAUCGAUUUACUUGUUGCAUCCCUUAUACGAAGAAGCGGACGACACAAGAAAAUCUGAAGCUCGACAAGGCUGGGAUUUAGAUGUUGUGUUCGUUCACGGUUUGCUUGGAGGUGUGGGAUGGACUUGGCGUCAAAGUGACCUACUCGGCAAAAAUGUCGAUUACACCGAUUGUUGGCCAAGAGAUUGGUUACCCGCCGACAUCCCUAAUCUUCGAAUUUUAGGGAUAGAUUACGUGACUUCGUUAUCACAAUGGAAAAGUCGGUGCCCUGAUGACGCCCGCAGGAGUACAAUCGCUUGGAGAGCAGAUCAAGUAUUGCUCUCACUAAAACUCGCAGGAAUAGGACGGCGACCUAUUGUCUGGAUCGGACAUUCUAUGGGAGGCAUACUGCUAAAACAAUUAUUGGUUAAUGCUUCAAAAUCAUCUGACUGUGAACUGCAAAAUCUAGUAAAGAAUACCAAAGCAUUGUUAAUGUUAAGCGUCCCGCACGAUGGAUCAAAUGUAGCUACAUUGAAUCUUCCAGCGCGUUUUCUUCUGCUUCCAUCAGUCGAAGUUGAGGAAUUGAGGAAAGGCUCUAGUGUACUAGGUAACCUGAACUUGGAAUUCAAAAACUUGUUGUCACACUACCCUAUAGCGGUUGUGAGCGUCGUGGAAACCAAACCUACGAUAGUACAGCCCUGGGGAAUUGAAGUAAAAUUUGUGGAACCAAACUCUGCAGAUUUACUUUCGUCUGGCGAAGUCCACUUUAUACCUGUAGACCACUAUGAAAUUUGUAAACCGCUCAAUAGAAAAUCAUUUAUCUAUCAACGACUCAUCAAGCUAAUUGUUGGAGUGAGAGAAGGUUCUCCACCAAAGAGCCUAGUUCAAACUACCUGAAUUAUUAUAUAGCUGCUAUAUAAUAUUUUUUUUAUUUUAUUUUAUUUUCUCUCUUGUUUUGAUAGUUAUAUUUUUAAACAAUCCUAUUUGAAAACGUGACAAAUAA